AUGGAUCCCUCCAUGAUUGAGCACAAUGCGAAUGUCAAAAGUGCAACCACCACAGCGCGCAUGAGUAUAGUGGUGCGUGUUAUGGUUUUAGUGCUUGCCCUUCUCACGACUCUUAUUUGUGGGCUCCGACUCUACCUCCGGAAACUCAUCCUCCACUCCUUCGGGCUCGACGAUUACCUAGUCGUCCUAGCCCUAAUAGGAGUCAACGGCUUCUCAGCCCUAGCCUACACAAUUUCUUACUACGGUCUCGGAGCAAAUACAGAAGACGUCAGCGCUCGAGAUCUGGCCACCUGGUUCAAGAUCUACUUCGGCGCAGAAUGCAGCUACCUCGUCGUCGGGGCUGUCGUCAAGAUUAGCCUGACGGUAUUCAUCAUGCGUCUCUUUCCGACUCAGUUUAUACGUAUUGCAGGAAUAUCAACCAUGGCUUUUAUCGGGGCCUUUACGAUCUCCAUGACCCUUGCAUUGACGCUGAAAUGUCGACCUGCCCGAGCGUCCUGGGAUAAGAGCAUCACCGAUGCAAAGUGUUGGUCGUCACAGACAAACUUUGCUAUUCUUUUAACUCAAGGUAUCAUUUUAUUCGUCCUAGAUGUGCUUAUCCUAGCACUGCCGGGCACUGUUAUCUGGAGACUGCAAAUGCCAUUGAAAAAACGGCUGUCGAUCCUGGGUCUGUUUGCCAUCGGCUUCAUCGCUUGCAUAGCAGCACUCGUCCGCUUCAGUACCCUCGUCUACGCAAAGGAUGAGACAAACUUUACCUACUCCGCCGCAACAUCCCUAAUCUGGAUGGAAGUCGAAUUCAACCUUGCCCUAAUGUCCGGCUCCCUCUCCUCUCUUCCAAAACUCUUCACGAGAAACCGGGACAGCCACACUUCAACCCUAAACUUGCCCUCCUCCCAGAAGUCCGAACAUGACUCACGGACCGCACCCAACAACCUCGAGCUCUCAUCACAGCUAUCCUGGACCCGUGGGAUCCGUAAAAAGACCGAGAUUACACGCGUCUUCGAGGCGAAUCAAAGCCAGGAGCGGAUUGCGCCGAUAUACGGGGCGGGCGAGCUCAUGACGACGUCAAGUGCUUAUGCGGAGGAGGGCGGGUCGAUUAGUGAGGUUGAUGAUAGGGAUCUGUAUGGAAGGAAGAGGUGUGGGGAUGGGUUGUCUUGA